AGCAGUACGAAGAAAAAAAGAAUGUAUCUGGGUAUUCUAUUCUAUCCGAGAGGCGAGAGAAUAGAGGAGCCACCCGGAACUCCCCUACAAGGAUGAUGGCAAAAAAAUAGACCAUGAUUGGACAGCCCUGCCGCCCUUGGACCCUGGACCACAAGUUAUGAUGACAUGUUUUGCCAAUUCUCAUCAGCUCAUACGUCACUGUCCAACCGGGCCACCUUCACGAUUAUUCUCUUCUUCAUCCACGGCCUUCGUGACCAAGGGGGAAAUCGGUACUCAUUUCUUCGUGUUCAUCUACUCUUUUCAGGCAAUCUCCUGUCUAUCGAAUGUAACUCCAAGAAUUCCUUAUAAUAGAUUUCUCAACGGUCGUGAUCGUUGUUUUGUACAUUGUACAACAAAUAAUCCUAGCCUAGCCGAGGGGAAUUAUUAUUAUUCAUUCGCCGUUCGUGAUGAUAGUAGCAGUUCCCCAAGGCACAAAUCAAUAAACCAGAUCAAAAUAUUAAUUUAUCAUCUCACUGUACGCCGUAGAAAUGGUUACUCUCCUACUUCAACGUCGGACAAAACAUACCCAUAUGCUGUACUCUUCGUGUUAGCAGUUUUAAAUAUCUUGGUUACACCAGCAAACACAUUUUCGAAGACUUGGGCUUUGCAAACUUGAACUAGUAGUAUUGACGAGCUUAACAAGCUUAACGAGUAGCCUGAAACCAAGACGAGCUUGGCCCUGAGAGACCCCAUGUUUUCCUAUAACACUAGCUCGAGUCUAGCCAACCGAACCGUCGCCAGCGAAUCCUACUUUCACUCUAACGUCCCUUACUUAGGUAUUCUUCACUAAUUCUUUCCCCCACCAGCACGUAAAUUCGAUACACAUCAUCUCAUUUCACCCGCUUUUCUCGCCCACUCGAAAUAUCACAACGUUACCUUCAUACGGAACAGUCCUCAAACCAAGGGGACUCUGGUCCCGCUUCUCUAUCAUACACGCACUA